GACAGGCAGCCCUGCUUUACGGCAGGCAUGUUUCUGGGUAGCUUGUAGUUAGCCGUGCAGCUAGUCGCACAGCCGCACUUUCCCCUCAUUGCGUUCUAAGCAGACUGUGUUUUAUUGUGAGAGUUCCCGGCUGGAUAAAUGGAUGUUGGAGAACUUUUAAACUAUCAGCCCGAUAGAGGAGCAAAACGUCCCAGGGAGCAAGAAGGAAGAGCAGCAGGAGGAGACGAUGAUUCCAGAGGAGGGAAGCAGCAGAAGGGACUGGGAUCCCGGGACCCGGCCAGACAUCGGGAAGCUGGAGCGGGAUCAGAGGGUCGUGCUGAACCGGGGGACGGCGAAGAGCAGACCGGGGACAAGAAGAGGAUACUGGAAAAACUGAUGGACCAGGAUGAAGAAGAACCCGAGGCCGAGCCGGUGGAUGAAAGCACAGUGAAGAAAAUGAUCCUGACCUUUGAGAAAAGGUCAUACAAAAACCAGGAACUGAGGAUCAAGUUUCCUGACAAUCCUGAGAAGUUCAUGGAGUCGGAGCUGGAUCUCAACGACAUCAUCCAGGAAAUGCACGUGAUCGCCACCAUGCCGGAUCUCUACCACCUGCUGGUGGAGCUCAAUGCCGUCCACUCCCUGUUGGGCCUUCUAAGCCAUGAAAACACAGAUGUCGCCAUCGCGGUGGUGGACCUGCUGCAGGAGCUGACAGACAUCGACACACUCCAUGAGAGCGAGGAGGGCGCUGAAGUGCUCAUAGAUGCUCUGUUGGAGGGUCAGGUGGUGGCUCUGCUGGUGCAGAAUAUGGAGCGACUGGAUGAGCAGGUGAAGGAGGAGUCUGAUGGCAUCUACAACACUCUAGCCAUCAUUGAAAACAUGGCGGAGUUCAGACCAGGCCUGUGUGCUGAAGCUGCCCAGCAGGGACUGAUGCAGUGGCUGCUCAAGAGGAUCAAGGCAAAGAUGCCGUUUGAUGCUAACAAGCUGUACUGCAGUGAAAUCCUGGCCAUCUUGCUGCAAAAUAAUGACAAUACCAGGGAGCUGCUGGGCGAGAUGGAUGGCAUCGAUGUUUUACUGCAGCAGUUGUCUGUGUUUAAACGUCACAACCCGAACACAGCUGAGGAGCAGGAGAUGAUGGAGAACCUGUUCGAUGCUCUGUGCUCCUGUCUGAUGCUGGCGUCCAAUCGAGAACGCUUCCUCAAAGGAGAGGGGCUUCAGCUAAUGAACCUCAUGCUCAGAGAAAAGAAAAUGUCCCGGACCAGUGCUCUGAAGGUCCUGGACCAUGCAAUGAUUGGCCCAGAGGGACUGGAUAACUGCCAUAAGUUUGUGGACAUCCUGGGCCUCCGAACCAUCUUUCCACUUUUCAUGAAAACGCCUAAGAAGAUGAAGAAAGCAGGUGUUCCAGAAAAGGAGCACGAAGAACACGUGUGCUCAAUCAUCGCUUCCAUGCUGAGAAAUCUGAAAUCACAGCAAAGAACCAGACUCCUCAACAAGUUCACAGAGAACGACUGCGAGAAGGUUGAUCGACUGAUGGAGCUGCAUUUUAAGUAUCUGGAGGCUGUUCAACAGGCUGACAAGAGAAUCGAAGGGGAGAAACAUGAGAUGGUUCAGCGUGGAGAAAUCCUGGACGACAGCAUGGAGGACGAGUUCUACUUUCGCCGUUUGGAUGCAGGAUUAUUUGUCCUUCAGUUAAUCUGCUAUAUUAUGGUGGAGAUCAGCAACUCUGGGAUUUCACAGCUUCAGCAGAGAGUGCAUCAGAUUCUCAAUCUCAGAGGAGGCUCUGUCAAAGUUGUUCGCCACAUCAUGAGAGAGUACGCUGAGAGCUUAGGGGACGGAAAGACGGAAGAGUUCAAAGAAACUGAACGCAAGAGGAUCGUGGAACUGGCGGAGAACUUCUGAAGUCCUUUAGAUCUUUAGACUUUGGAGUGACCCUCACUCAGAAAUAUCAUUUUUGUAGAGGAGUUUGUUGCUUUCUUUGAGUUUCAUGUAUGAAGAGAAAACUGUCCAUCAAACCAGUUAAAUAUGAGGAAGACUGUGAAAGAGUGGAAUGACAGAGCACAGCUGCAGCAGAGAUGUUUCUGUCGUCCCUCCUGCAGCCGAGCUUUGGGCAAAGAUCUGCAUUUUUCUUAGACCUGCUUUGGAUUAGGUGUAAACUAUUUUCUAUUAAAGGGUUUGGUAACAAAAU